GCAGAAAUAUAUAUGUAAUCGAAGAUACAAAUAUUUACAAAAAUAUUGGACGCCAUGUGUCGAAAAAGACGUGAUUUCCCCUCAAAUCACCGUACAUUCUACAAUGUCCACUAAUUUUCUACAGGUCAGCGAUGUAGGCCUUGAAUUUGAAAGCAGAAACAAGUUAAACGCACAAAGUAGCGUGCGUCAUGACGCUAGUUCAGGACUCUGCUCGGAGUCGCUGGGUGGAGGACCGUUCCAUGUAAAGCAGAAUAGAAAACAUCGGACUGAAGGCAGGUACAGCAGUAUCGGGGAUGGACUGGAGUCACGGAUCAGUAUUGAAGCAAAAGGGAAAAUUGACAGACUUCUGGGAGAAAUAAAGAAUUUGUCUGAUGUGGAGAAAUUUGUAUUGUACCUGAAGCUUCCGACGGGGGACACAUCUUCAGAGGAACUGAGAAGAACCCCCACGCCUUACUCCAAGCAGGCCAACAGAGUAGAACAGAGCCUGGCUUACACCUGGAUAAAAUCUCACCUGGAAGAGGAUAUAGAAAUCUGUCUGCCCAAACAGGAAGUGUAUGAUGAAUACAAGUUAUAUUGUGAGAACCACAGUCUGGUACCCCUCUGUAAUGCUGACUUUGGGAAGCUGAUGAAGACUGUUUUCCCCAAUGUCAAACCAAGGAGACUCGGCCAGAGAGGACAAUCAAGGUACUGUUAUGGAGGCCUAAGGAAGAAGCUGGAUGUUGAGGCUCCAUCGUUACCAGAAAUAGACAUCAGUGCUCCCCAAGACAAGGAUGAGAAGACGGAGGAUAACCAUCUGUUUGGAGCAUCAUGUGACCUGGUGUUGGAGUGGGCUAUGAAGCUCCUGGAACAGAAUUUUAACGGAAUGCGGGAACUGGCGGAGUACCUGGUGUCAAGUUUAUUUGUCAACAGCAAGUCUGUGUCUGCCUUCACUGUUAUAGCAGCCAUGGAGGAGACAGGGGCCCAAAAAGCACCAUCCAUGUUCUCCAACACAACAGGAGGAGAUCGACACAGAGAGACCCAGCUACAAUUACAGAGGAAACUCCAUGAACGAGAGAACGUGACGCGACAGAAAAAGAAACUACAGCAGAUGAAGGAGGAGAAUAUAACGAGACAGAGACAGGAUAGACAGACACCGCAGAUAACAUCUCCCACUACACCACAGGAACUCGUAUCUCCUCGUAAAAUUUUUGAGGAAACAGAGGACACUGAGAUGAGGACACACUCAGGUCGGUCAUCAAUUCAGGAGCUGUGUGGAGUCAGGCCUCAACGACAGAGAUCCACGUCAUCCUCCCGAAGGAAAAGGACCAAAUCUGUUACACCACAGGACCCUGUAGAAAAAGGAGGGGGAACCAGCUCAGGGGAGGAGGUGACUCUACAGUCAUCAAAAGGAUCAGUGGUGAAGGAGGACCAGAUAAAUUUGGACCAAGGCAUUAUGGGAAGGAUGUCUGUAGACUCCGAGUUGAGGAGGAAUUCAGAGUCUGAUUCUACAAUGGAGAUGAUGACGGUGGAAGACUUGGUGAUUCAGAGUGAGAAGGCGAGGGAAGAAAGCUGGAGGAUGGGAGAGAGUAAAGUGGAAGAAAUGGAAGUUAUAGAAAGACUUCCAGAGUUAAAAAGUGAUAGAAGUGAGAAAUCCAUUCCUAUGACUUCUCUAUUGUCGGAGGAGUCUAUAUUUCAACUGCCACCUCUUUGUGCAGGAGGAGAUUCUUCUAUGUUAGAAGAUAGGGCUCAGCAUGUAAAAAUAGCACAGGUUGCUUGUCAUCCAUCAGAAGACACUGGGCAUUCUCAGGUAAAUCUUGAGACUGUCCAUCAAUCAUUUCUUAUCAAUUCUGAACAGGAUAUAGGAGUGAUUCCUAGUGUUGUGAAUGUACAAUUAAGUGCAUCUCCAGAUCACCAACAACAGAAUCCAGAUUUAAAAUCUGGAUCCUUCUCUGCUCCUAGUGUCAUUGAAUCCAUAUCAGUACCAAUCAGCUCAAAACCAACCCUUCCAUCCACAACAUCUCCACAACUCAGCUUCCUUCAAAAGGAACAGCAAACCAUCCCCAAAACGUCUGUCUCAAACCGCAGUGCAUUUGUUCCAUUUUCACAAGUCAGGAAAGAUAAUCCAGAUGAUGAUCAGGAUAUUUUUUCAGAUCCAGAUGGAAAUCUCUGUCUGGCAGACAAGGCUCAAACUAUUUUAAUCACAGAGAAUGGAAAACAGUUCAUCAUUAUGACACCAAGACCUAACAUGUUAAAUCUGCCAACCAGUUCAGAUCCACAGGAUUCUCAAAACCAGCUAGUCCCAAUAACACUGAGCUCAAAUCUUCCCUCCACUCCAGUCAAGUCAACCGGAACAGCAGCUCAAGCGGAACCUCAGUCACCAACCACUCCAAAGAAAAACCGGUCCAGGUUCACACCAAUACGUCCAAAAGGCUCGCCUGCAAAAACUGUCUCCUCCAUACUGAAAGAACAGAAAUACCCCGAAAAACCAGACUCCGAGAAGAUUGACAGGUCCAAGUCAGUGUCUACACUUCUGAAAGAAAAACGAGAAAGAGAAGCUAAGAUGCAGUUUUCAGUAUCCACUACAGUGGUCCCAGCUUCUGCAGUGGGUGUGGCCAGUGUGGGUGCACUUACUGCAGUACCAGCCACAUCACUUCCACUUCCAAGUGGAGAAAAUCCACAUGGUGAAUACAUUAUAAUUCUGAACCCAGUCAACCCUGGAUUAGGCAAGGUUUCUCUGACAAGUGAGUCUGUGACGUCUGUAACAACAACACUAACUACAGCAUCCAGUCACAGAUCCGUGGAGUGCUCCAGCUCCACACUGGAUCCUGGUCAGAGGAGAGAGCGGAGUCGCACAGCCUCUUUAUCAGAAUAUGAAAUAACAAGUCCCAGCACUGUGGACAACCUGAAUAGCUCUGAUCUCUCGGAUUCUUCUGUUGGAGAUGAAAAACCAUCAAAGCUCGCAAAAAUUGUAGACAGUGAUCAAAAUGUAUCCUCCAGACCUGGAAGCAGGUGUUCUGUGGAUCGUGAAACGCCUUCCAUUCUUGGUCGUAAGAGAAAGCUGUUCAGCUCCCAGUCCAUAGAGGGAAGCAGCUUUAUAGAAAGACAUGCGCAGAGAGUUUCCAGUCAUGAGGAGGAUACGGACUUCACGAUGGAAGACGACAGGAGAGCUAUGUCCUGUAGCUUAGAUGAUAAGGAGAGAUAUUCCCAAAGAGAGGUUUCAAGGGCAUUUGAUGACAAAUUGAAAUUAGCAGAGAAACGAAAUUAUCCGGACAUUUCUGUGCUAGAGUCUGAUGCACUUAAAGAUGUCUGCAUUCCCGAUCCGUCCAACAUUAUCAAGAAGGGGAAGGAACUCUGUAAGCAAAAGCAGGACACUGGUGUGGGAGUGACCUCCCUUUCCUUGAGAAAAUCUCAACAGAGGCUACUUGAAGAAAAACCAAAAUUAGAUGAAAGAAUGAAAUCCUUUUUCCAGUUAAAGGAAACAGUUCAGACAGAGAAGACAGAGGAAAUUCAGGACAGCGAGCUUCCUCCAGAUGUAGCUGAGUUUAUCACUGACAGCAUGACACAGGCUCAUCUCAGUGAGCAAAUGGAGGUGACCAUGGAUCCUGUCAAAUCUCGCAGCUUAUCUCGGCAGGAGGUUGUCCAGGAAAUCUGUAAAAGUCUGCAAAACAUUCCGUGUAACCCCUCAGUUCUUCAACCUGCCCCGUCCCCCACUCUCUCUUCAUUUCCACAGAGAUCUCACUCGGCCAAGAACCUCCUCCUUACACCAGUGUCAUCAGGGAUGGAGAAACCCACACAGGACGAAGAUCCCUUCCGCAUUCCGUAUCGUUCACAGUCAGUUACUGAUGCUUCCAGGGGUAUGUUGGAUAGUCAACUAACAGCCCCAAAUAAGAUGCCUACUCAGAAUAGCACAAACAAAAACCAGCAAACCACAAAGAAAACGGCCACAGGGGGAGUGGAAUUUGCCAGUCCUCAGCGACCAAUCAGGAGACAGCGCACUCCCUCUGUGGAGAAACUUAGAAAGAGGGAAUCCUCGCUGGAGCGGAACAUGAUCCAGAGAGAAUAUUCAGUGGAGCGGAACAUGGUCCAGACUCCCCAUUCUGAUCCAGGUUAUGGGAGUGUAGGUCCCAGUCCAAUUCUUCACUCAGUGCUUGUUUCUACGGGAACACAUGUGUGCGACUCCACAUAUAGUUCUAUGUCCAGCACUUCAUUCUCAGUAUGUCGACCAGAUUCUGCCCACAGCGUGACCAGUGACGGAAUCAUUCCCAGUCCUAUGACAUCACCACGAUUCCAGACAUCUACACCAUAUCAUCUCAAGUCUCCUUGUGUAACUCCAAACCAAGCUCCGGCCCAUAGUGAGGGUUUGCCCAUCCAGUCUUUUAUGCCUAUACAAGGUUCAUCAUUAAAGAUAGACAAUAGCUCAGUGACACUUAUUAGACCAGUUGUGACAAUUGCCAGUCAAAUUUCACAGAGUGCCAUGGCAGGACAAGUUGUUACAGGUGAAGUGAUUGAUGAUGAAACCAUCCAAUCAAAAACCAUGAAACAAGCUCCACCAUCUUACAGUGCAGCUAUGCAAGACAUGGAAAGGAAGUCUAAGAAAGGGAACAAACAGGGGGCAUUUAAAACUUUACAAACCCCCUUAUUGAACCUCACAGAUGACCACACUCUGUCUGGGCCCCCACUUUCGGGAACAGUAAGCAGCCAAUCAUAUUACUUCUCAGACAAGCUUGCCCAGCUGUCUAAGAAAACUCAUGCCUCGGAAAAUAAAAAAGUGAAUGAAAAAACAACUAAGAGAAAUCAGAGUAUAAAGCAAAUAUUGGGUGACCUUACUUCUCCGAUUGACCUUCAGUAUCCAGGUCAAGGUCAGAGUAAGCUUCAGUCCCUGUCUCAGCUUCCGGAUGUCAAUUACCAGGGUGACCAGCCAAAUGUCAACAUGUUUGAUAUCGAGGGAAUCGUAGCAUACAAAAACAUUGAGAGAGAUGUGAGUCUAUCAUCAGAUAUGUUAGAUAUGACACACCAGGGUGAGGGGGAUAAGGAGCCAGGGUUCGGUGACCAAUUCACUGCAAGACGGAACCUGAAUGAAAUGCUGGGGCAUGACUUAAAUGGAGACGACCUCCAGGCAACCUUGGAUGAUUUGAAAGCAGUGGAUAGUCAGUAUUUUGCAGACAAUUUUGAGUUCGGGUCAGAGAAAAGGCAAGAAAUUUGAUGUUUGAGAGGUGUUGAUUUUAGUGCAUUUUUUUUUUAU